UAGGUAUAUACUGUAUAAUGUCUCUUCAACCAAGCGUAAGACCACGUGUUCGUGUUCCUUCACCUCAACUUAUGGGAAAAGUUGGUAUUCGUCCUGUCAUGACGUUUACGGGUCCCAGGAUGUCUUUUCGACCAAGGAUUCCACCUUCUGUUAACGUUGUUAAUAGACCAUCGGUAAUUGCUGAUACCUUUAAGCCACGCGGCGGUUCAAUUUCUGUUCGUCCAAGGGCAAUAUUAGCAUCACCCCAGGCUGCAAAGCCUGAUUCUAAUGAUUCUGUACCAAAUUUGAUUCGUCGUAUUUUAAUAUCUCCAUCUAUUCCGCACUCGCCUUCAAAUUUGUCGUCAUUUUCGUCAACUUCAACUUCAUCAUCUAGUUGUACUCAAAUUGAAAACUCCAUAGCUAAUCUUGGUGUUGUUGCUGCUAAGCCGAGAGGCAAAGGGCAUGGAGGACGUGGUGGACGUAAUCGUGGUGGCCCGCAUACACCGUUGUUGGAUUCCUUGUUUACACGGCCACAAACUUGUGUUUCCAAAAUGGGUGAAACUGGACGCCAUGUUACUGUUGAUACGAACUAUUUCAAGAUCUUAAAGAAACCCGAAUGGAACAUUUAUCAAUAUAGAGUAGAUUUUGUACCGGAAAUAGAUAUGAGCUUUGUUCGUCGUACAUUAAUUCUCCAACAUAAAGCAAAACUUGGUGGAUAUAUAUUUGAUGGGACAAUGCUUUUUACUACUAAUGAUUUAAGAGGCACUAAAAAGGGUCAUUAUCAUGAAUUCCAUCUAACGUCUGAGUAUCGUGAUGGAAAGACAGUGCUUAUUAAAAUUAAACAUGUUGGUAUUGUCGAUGCAAAUGAGGCUCAACUGUUCCAAGUAUUGAAUUUAAUCUUACGUCAAUCAAUGGGUGGACUGGAUUUACAACAAAUAGCUCGUCACUUUUUUGAUCCUUAUGCUAAGAUUAGCAUUGACCCGUAUCAUAUAGAAAUCUGGCCAGGUUAUAUUACAUCCAUUCGUCAACAUGAGCGGGAUAUUCUUCUCUGCACUGAGAUUACACAUAAAGUUAUGCGCACCGAUACUCUUUACACCAUACUUCGUCAACUAACGGUCGAAACUAAAGACUAUCAAAAAGCUUUUAAGACUGAAGUUAUAGGUUCUAUUGUGUUGACGGACUAUAACAAUAAAACUUAUCGUAUAACUGACGUUGAUUUUACGAGUUCUCCUCUAUCGACAUUUUCAUUGAAAGAUACAAAAGUUUCAUUUGCUGAAUAUUUUAAAUCGCGUUAUAAUCUAAUCAUAACCGACUCCAGUCAACCAAUGUUAAUAUCGAAACCAACCAAUAAGCAUAUACGUGGUGGUCAAGAAGAAUUUAUCUCAUUGAUUCCUGAGUUCACGCGUGCAACUGGUAUAACUGAUCAUAUGAGAACAAAUAUUCGUUUCAUGAAAUCGAUGAGCGAUCAUACUCGGCUCAAUCCGGAAAUGAGACUUCAACGCUUGAGAAAUUUCAACGAACGUCUCAAUUCUUCUGCUAAAACACGUAUUUUACCCUGUGAAAAAAUCUUACUAGGUCAUGGUGUUCGGUAUAUAUGUGAUGAGAAAGCUAACUGGACCCGCGAGUUCCGAAACUGUUCAAUGUUUUGUAAUGCCGAAAUUAGUCGUUGGCAAGUAAUCCUCCCAUCACGUUGUUGUCGUGAAACUCAAUUGUUUGUUCAAAUGUGUAUUAAAGUAGCAAGAAAUAUGAGUUUAGUACUGGCCACACCAAAAUACAUUGAAAUGGAUGACGAUCGUAACAACUCUUAUACAACUGCAGUGGAAAUGGCAACCUCAGAGGAUCCUCAAAUUUUAAUGAUUGUUAUUCAACAACCCAACGAGGAAAAGUACUCUGUCAUUAAAAAGAAGUGUUGCAUCGAUCGACCUGUAGCUUCACAAGUUGUUACUAUGAAAAUGAUAGCACCUACUUCAGAAAAAAGUGCAGGUUUAAUGUCAAUCGCUACUAAAGUUGUCA